AUGCCGUUUAAAACACUGAAGGGUGAAAGCGACCAACUAGCUUUUGAUGCUUCUCUUGAUAAAGAUUUGAUCUUCAUCCCAAAUGGGACGAUAGCUCAGUUGGGAGAGCGUGCGACUGAAGUUCGCAAGGUCGCUGGUUCGAUCCCGGCUCGUCCCAUUACUCAGUUGGGAGAGCGUGCGACUGAAGUUCGCAAGGUCGCUGGUUCAAUCCCGGCUCGUCCCAUUAUGUUUUUGCAUUUUUCCUGCUAUCAGGGAAUUACAGUUUCGCGGGGUGUAGGUGCCGUAAAGAAUAUACUUUUUUUAUAA